GAGGAAGAUUCAGACAAUCUGGCGUCUCUUGUGCCAGUAUUGUUGUCAUUCUGUUUUCCCUAUAUUUCCAUCCAUAGGACAGCCGCAUGUUGCGUCACCGCCAGCUGUGUGGAUUCAUGGAAUAAAGAUCCCGAUCCACUUCUGUCACAUGAAUCCAUAUGCUGUUUACUUUACAGGACGUGCAGAAUACAUAUAACUGGACUGUUUUCAUCGACAAACACUAGGUUUCGCGCGUGGAGCGACCCAUGCCUCUGGAUAACACUGCGUUUCUGUGUCGUGUCGACUCUUGUUUAAGGAUUUAGACGGACUGAAUCAUCCUCUGCGGGUUGUUUUGUCGGUAAAAGAAGCUGAAAUGUCGAUUGAAAAACAAAGCGUGUCCGAGGAAAACCUUCAGGGUUCCUGGGUGGAGCUGCAUUUUAAUAAUGGAGGAGGCAGCACUCCUAAAGGAGGUUUGGAGGAACAGUCUGCCAGCACUGCCCCAAGCGGAGACCUGGAGAAGAUGCUGCUGGAUGCUCAGCACGAGUCGGGCAGGAGCAGCUCAAGAGGAAGCCUGCCAUGCGAGAGUCCUCCAAGAUCUCAGACUCCUUCGCACUUGCGCAGGGGCUCUGAGGUCCACAGCUCUGGAGAAAAGAUCAGCUCACAGUCAGAGGAAGACUAUUUGGAGAGGAGAAGAGAGGUGGAGAUCCUGAUGAAGAAAAAUGCAGACUGGAUCUGGGACUGGUCGAGUCGACCAGAAAACCUGCCACCCAAGGAGUUUGUGCUGAGGCACCCGAAGCGUUCCAGCACCCUCAGCAUGAGGAACACCAGUGUGAUGAAGAAGGGAGGAAUCUUCUCAGCAGAAUUCCUCAAAGUUUUCCUGCCCUCUCUUGUCCUUUCGCACAUCCUUGCUGUGGGUCUCGGGGUGUACAUCGGAAGGCGCUUUACUACUUCUGGCACCUUUUGAGGGAGCAGGAAAAGCCAAGAAACAAGACAAAUCUCAUAUACGCACAUCCACCAUCUCAGCUGCUUUGUCGUGAAUCUGUGCUUGUGUAGACGCAGAUAGGACGAGGUCAUGCGACAUUUCCUCUCGCCGGCUGUGGGCCACUUUGCUUCACUUCCCCCUUGUGUAUUCCACUGGCCUUUCCCAUAGUUCCUCUCUCAUAAUGCCAGUCCAUUCCAGGGCUGUCAGCACAGAGAAGGCCAUGCUAGACUUGAUAGAACUAGAUGUACUGCAUCCUCAUUUUGCAUUUACUCACACCAAGACUACGAGAAUAUUAUGAGAGGAUCAUAAAACAAGAGAUGGGAGAGAAAUAGGGGAAUAAAAGUUGAUCCAGAGAUGUGGUACCUGAAACUGCAGACUGUGAAUUGGGAAGAGAUUUAACUAUCUACCCCAUAACAAAACAGGGAUUUUACGUAUAUCUUAUGGUAUAUCUCAACAUUUGAUGAUAUAAUAUAGGACUUGUUUUACCUUGUCACCAUUUCUCUGUAUCUUGACGUUGCAUCUGUAUUUAUGAGGUUUCAGACUCCAAAAACGGACCUUUGCUUUGGGAAUCAAGCUGUUCACAGUAUUAUACAACUGCAAUGGUCUUUAGUAAAUACUAGCCAAAAAGCAGAGUACUAUAUCAACACUUUUCUGAAUGUCAGUCACAAAUAAAUGUCCAAUAUACUUCAAGCCUAACUUGAGAAAUUGCUGAAUUAAGUUUGCCUUUAGUGCUCACCUGAAUUGCAAUCACAGAUGUUCUUCGUUUAUCUGAAGGGUCCGGGUUCCAGCCCAAAGAUUGCCUUAAAUAAAACUGUUAAUGAAUCAGGCAGGAGUAAAAGGGAAAUUGUGUAAAUUUGUGCAUGUUUUGUAGUCUUUUUAGUGUCAAUUUCAUAGUGGGUUUGUAUCAACAGAGGGAAUCAACAAAUAAAUGUCUGCCAACUGUAACAUUUCCCUUGGAAUCUGUCUUAAUAUUGCAGGAGAUAUACAU